AUGAAGACGAAAGCUCCAUCUCAACAGCUACAGUCGCGCCUUCUGAGCCUUCCCCGGGAACUCCGCGAUGAGAUCUACACCUAUUACCUACAAGAGCCUGGAGGUUAUGUUCACUCUCCCAUCACCAACAAGCUUCGUCAUUCGAAUGGACAGACUAUUGACUUUGGUCUGAUGUGGACCUGCAAGAUGGUAGCCAGCGAGAUGCGAGAUCUGCCGCUCAAGGUGAAUGAAGUGGUCUUUAGGCCCUUUCAAGAGAUCAAGGCUUCGAAGGAGGGGUCUGACAUCUGGGAUGCGUGGUCUCAGGCAGGGAAGUACGACUUCUUGUUAGGGCGGCUUCAUCUUUUGCAGGAGGAGAUCUUUGCACUUGCGGCAACAACACAAUCUCCCAAACAGCACAUGGUAUAUGUCUUGAACCAGUAUCCAAACAGCUGCAUUGGCGAUAUGCUCGGACGCAUCAUGAAAAGAAAAAAUGACAUCUAUGUACCUCUUGCAGCUGUCGUGGGUAGCGCACAGUCGCUGACCUUUCAUGAUCGCGAUGUGCUGCAAGAUGGCCUCUUGGGAUUGACUUCGUACGCCAACUUUGUUGAACAAGUCAGAUCGCAAGGCUGGUGCUUGGAUGUUCUCGGUUUCAUAACUACACAUGGACCAGGCAAGCGUGGUGUUCGUCUAAUCUCAAUGGACAGGAGAUGGUUAGUCCAAGGUCGUGUCGCAAAAGAGUCAAUCUUCAGACGCGACCGUGCCCACAUACGCUCCGCCGCAGAGCUGAGCGCCGAACGACUCAAUGAGAUGCGCUCGACAAUCGCUAAUACCCAGUGGCGACCCUGGAUUCUACCUACAGACGAGCAGAUCAUCACAGUGCGCGAUUUGUUCGAAACGUCAAAUUCCAUCGGGUGGCCCAACUACAAAGAUGAACUGCCGGAUCUCCGAUACUUCCAAUCAGCCGCAUCACAAGCUAUUCGUUUUCUGGACGCACUACAGCCUCAUUAUCGCAAACAAAUGCGAAGUAUGAAGAUUCUGGAAGAAGAGAAGUGUGUGGCUCUUCCAGAAUGCCACCUACGGGGCCUGUUCCACUUUCUCGACGAAAUCCCCGCGCUGGUUCAAGAUGCCGUGCUUCGCACAAUCACUUGGAUCAACGAAGCGACAAGCCUUUCUUGGGAUAGAACCGGCCGCCUAUCCGUCAAGACCCAUUUCGUUGGUCCUUACGACACUGUGCAGCUCAUCUGGAAUAGAGUCAAAGCUGUCGCAGCAUUGUACUCGGCAGCUGUGGUCUGUACGCGCGACCAAUGCAAUCCAUUUCCAACACGAGACGAUCUGGCACUGGCUUUCGCACAUGAAGACGAUGCCGCUUUCAGCAACCCGGAAUUGCUUCCAGUAUCGGUGCAACAAAUCCUCUCGGACGACUCUCUCGUGAAGUUUCCGUGCAUCACGGGUACCCUGGACGAAUUCGAGGAAGAAUGCGAGUAUGUCUAUUCCUUAUUGAGGGGCAGACCGAAAGAAGAAUGGGAGUUGCACUGGAAGAGAACCCUAGAGGGUGUGAUUGAGGAAGAAGGAGUGGACUUCAAGACCGUACAAUCCAGGUACGCAGAUCAUCACCCCAGCUUUGACUAA